AUCACUAAUCGACCGAAUUUAAUAUCAUUGCAAUCGAAUAAAACAAUACAGCAAACAUGUCUCGAGCUCUUCGGAGUGUGAGGAAUGUCACAAAGGGCUAUUCAUCAGUCCAAGUCAAAGUCCGCAAUGCCACAAGCAACGAUCCAUGGGGCCCAACGGGCACAGAAAUGGGUGAGAUUGCCGCUUUGACAUUCAACAACCCCAGUGAUUUUUAUGAGAUUGUUGAUAUGCUUGAUAAGCGAUUAAAUGAUAAAGGAAAGAAUUGGCGCCACGUCCUGAAAUCGCUCAAGGUGCUCGACUAUUGCCUGCACGAGGGUUCAGAACUUGUUGUCACGUGGGCGAGGAAGAACGUUUAUAUCAUUAAGACUCUGCGUGAGUUUCAGUAUAUUGACGACGAAGGCCGAGAUGUUGGUCAAAAUGUUCGAGUGUCUGCUAAAGAACUUACUGCAUUGAUUCUUGAUGAGGAUCGUCUGCGCAGCGAGCGGUCCGACCGGAAACUUUGGAAAUCUCGCGUGAGUGGCAUUGAUGAAGGUAUGCAAGGAUAUGGAGGAUCUAGCGGCGGUCGCCGCCCCGACCGUGAGAAACGUGAGCGCAGAAACCGUGAUGAAGAUGAUACAGAAUAUCAAUUAGCAAUCGAGGCCAGCAAGGCUGAAGCAGAAGAGGAACGCAAGCGGCGCGAACGGGCUGUCAGGGACGAAGACGAUGACGAUCUCGCCAGGGCCAUCAAGCUAAGCAAAGAAGAGGAGGAACUGCGAAGGCGCGAAUUAGAAGAGAGUAAUGCCAAAUCGUUGUUUGACGACACUCCGGUACAACCUGCCCAGGCACAGCCCACGGGAUACAACCAGGGUUACCAGCAGCAACCAGCCGUUGACUGGUUCGGCAAUCCUCUUGAUGCGCAGCAACCUUUAACAACCGGUUAUCUCAACAACCAAUAUGCGCAGCCUAAUGGAUACCAAGCUACCGGUCAAAUGAAUGCGUUCAGCAACGGUUUCCAGGUGCAACCUACAGGAUUUGACCCGUCGCAGCAGUUCGGCCAACCACAGAACAACUUUUUCCAGAACCAAUCCCUCCAACCCCAGCAAACGGCGUUCAAUAACAAUAACCCAUAUGGGACCAAUCCCAUGUAUGGGCAGGUGCAACAGUCUCCUCAGGAAAACUAUCUGCAACCUGGCAGUCACAAUCCAUGGGCUACUGACAAGCAGCAAGGUCUUGAUGCCCUCCGACCCAUGCCUACUGGUUCAAACAAUCCAUUUGCGUCAGCAAUCAACCGACCGGUUUCUCAACCUUCCCGACCUGGUCCACCAUCAUUGAACACAUUGGCCGAGGAGAGGGCCACUACCUCUUUCAAUACCACACCAUCCGGACCUAACCCUAUCGCAAACUACAAGGCGCCUAACCCGCUGCAACCAUCAGCAACUUCCACCAAGCCCACACGCGCCAAUGACGACCAAUACGCUCGACUCAACGCUCUACUCGCCAGUGGCGAGGGUCAAGAUACAUUUGGUAAUGUCGGCGAAUUACGUGUUCCAGCUCACCAUACCGCUCCCGGCACAUUCAUCAACUCUGCGGGUCAGGGAUUCGACCGACUCAACGUGCAGCAGACUGGUAGCAACCCAUUCUUCAAUCAACAAUUCACCGGCAUGCCUCAACAGACUGGUUUUGCACAGUCGAACAAUCCUUUCGGUGCCCCUGGACACCAGCAACAACAACAGGGCGGGAGCUUGAUUGAUCUGUGAUUGUAAAUCCGAUAGCCUAUUCCUUUGCUUAUCUUGUCAUUCCUUCUAUUUAAUUUCAUCGUGACGCAAAGCCGACCCUUUCAUGUGUAUAGACACCAUACCAUAUCUUUACCCUUUGUCCACGGCUUCUCUGAACCACACAUUGUCACUCAUUAAGAGAUUCGACCAUCUCUAUUCUUCUUCCUUUCUCAUUCUACUUAUUCCCCUGUCGGUUUACUUUGUCGAGAUCCACCUUUCUUUAUGUCAAUUUGUGUUCCUGCAUAUUAGUCAGAGUUCUAGUUCGUUUCUUAUAUCCUUUCGAAAGUCGUUGAAAGCAAAUGUCAUCAUCUUUUUGGUUUGUUAAAAUAAAAUCGUAUAUCCAGCUGUUUGACUUCGAGGGCUUUUGCUUAAAAACAAGAUCGAAAUAUCAAGUUUUGA